UGUUUUAAUGAAGAAAAAAGUUUGCACCCGGAUCACAAAAUUGUUUCUUUCGGCCACAGGAUCCGGCGGUGACACUUCCGAUCAAGAAACGGGUUUGGAUGUACGCGAAGAAUAUGCACACGCGUUUCGAACAGAAUCAUACAAUGAAUUUUGGACACGUGUCCUUGCACUCUCAAAUGGAAACUCAACCACCAAGUGUAUUCCUAUUGAGUCCACCACAGCGGCUCGGCUCUCUUCGUAUCGUCUCUUUGCGGAGCAACUUUUGGAUCCGGAUCAACCCACUGUUACUCAUAUCCUUUCUUUGAAAAAGGCUCAUUCCCUUUUAACAAAUUAUUUCUCUCAAACUGCUGAGGCCUCUCUUUUAUGCAGUCUUUUAUUCAAAAAUAUAGAUAAUAUCCGAGAGAAAUAUCAAUGUUUUAAGACCGUUAUUCAAUCCCUUGAAAAUGCUCAUUUUUUGCCUUCAAAUAAUUUAUUGUGUAUAAUAACCCGAUUAACUGAAUUAUCCAACUUAUCAAACCCAUUAACCUCAUCCGCUCCAUCUCACUGUCGGGUUCGGAUCAUUCAAGCCGGGUGCUUGAAAUUACUCAAGCAAUUUGAAUCAAGUCGAGACAAGGCUCGAACCAAGCUACGCCUAAUCAACGCAUCAAAACAUGGCUCGGCUAUUUUCUUAGUGGCUUUAACAGCUUCAUUAACUGUGAUAGUGGCUUCACAUGCUCUCGCAUUACUAAUAGUUGCACCAAGCCUUAUAGCAGCUUCGGUUGAGCUGACUUCAACUAGAAGGUUGGCUCGAGUGUCGGCUCAACUUGAUGUAGCCGCCAAAGGGACUUAUAUAUUGAACAGGGAUCUAGAUACAAUAAGCCGGCUUGUGGUUCGGCUAAACGAUGAGCUAGAACACAUGCGUUCAAUGGUGAAGUUUUGGCUGGAGAGGGGAGAGGGUGGUCGACUACAGGCCAGUGGCGAAGUGGCGCGCCAGCUAAAGAAGAAUGAUGCCAGCUUUAGCCAGCAGCUUGAUGAUCUAGAGGAACAUUUGUACUUAUGUUUCAUGACCAUCAAUAGAUCCAGAAACCUCGUACUCAAAGAGAUUCUGGAUCCGAGUCAACCCAACUCGCAUCCAAGAAUUUAA